GAACCAAUUAUUGAGUAAAUGCAAUUAUAACGAUGGCUUGAGGAGAUGCGCUCGUCCGCGGCAGUAAUCAAUAGGCGCCUGCAGGUAUACGCUGCUUUCUCGCACACGCACUCUGUCGCUACAUCACCACGCACUCCCCGUUUUGCUUGUUUUCUUCCACGGCGCUGGAUGUAGCGUCAGCACCGUAGAUAUUGCAUAGUGCCUGCGGCGCCACGUUUUUGCCACCCAGUGCCAGUUUCUCGGAGACGGGGCGGCCGUUACUGACACAGGACGGGGGAUUUUGGCACCCUUAUUCGCGGCGUCGACAUGUAAUGGUGUGAUACCACCAUUCUGCGGAGACAGAGGGAAAGGCCAUUCCAUGACAGUCGCGCCUCACACUGAACAGCUCUGCGCCUCCCUGAUCAGCGGCGCCCGCGUCCACGCUGCUGAACCAUACUGCUGAGAUAAUAUCAACAAUUAAGAACCAAAAUAGCGCUUUAAUCAAAUAUUGGUGGAAUAUCCUGGGACCCACCAUGGUCGGAGGGGGGUGUGGAAUGGCUCGCUUGGGAUUCUACGGGGUUUUGAUGGGGCUUUGGGGGUUUAGCGCCGCUUCUUGCCCUACAUCCUGUACUUGCAGUACCUCGAGGAUUGUAUGUAUCGAACAAGACCCGGGGAUCGAGGAUUUCCCCAAAUUGGCGGAGGAGAGUGACAUGGAAAACAUCACAGAUAUAUUCAUUACAAAUCAGGACAGAUUAUUUACAAUCAGCGAAUCACAUAUGAAGUCUUACUUCAAUCUCAGGAAUCUAACUGUUACAAACUCUCAACUGUCAUCAAUAUCUCCGAAAGCCUUCCUCUACAAUGCAAGACUUCAGUAUCUAAAUCUCAAAGACAAUAACCUGUCAACAUUAUCAUGGAAAGCGUUCAAAAAUUCAAAUAUGUCAUAUUUGUAUCUAUCUGGCAACCCUCUGCAGUGUUCUUGUGAGAACAUGUGGAUUAAGUUGUGGCUGGGCCUGGAUGAGACUGAGAACCAGGAGCUCCAGUGUAUUGAUGAGGGAGGCAUAAAGUCUCUGUCCAGAUUGGCCCCAGCAGCCUGUGAACCUCCCACAGCCAAUGUGACCCCAUCCAUUCUUACUCAGAUGAAUGGAACCGAUGCCACAGUGGUCUGUACCGUCUCAGGACAUCCCACCCCAGAAUUCAUGUGGAACACCGACACCCUGGCAACCAGUGCUGAGGUGUACCCGUCCAAGCUGGAGUCCAGGCUGGUUCUCAGCAGGCUCUCGCCAGCGGACAACGGCCGGGAGAUCACCUGCAGCGCCGAGAACGUGGUGGGCCAGAAGGAGGCUACCCUGCAGCUCAACGUCCUCUUCCCUCCCACCAUCGUGCACCUGCAGGAGCCGCGUCAGAACGCGCACUGGUGCAUCUUCUUCCUGGUGCGCGGCAACCCCCUGCCCACGCUGGAGUGGUACCACCACGGCGAGCUGCUCGUCGAGCACGGCUACGUGCAGACGCGCAUCUACGAGGAGAAGGAGAGUGAGAAGGAGGGCUGUCUGGAGCUGCAGAACCCCACACACAUCCACAACGGCGAGUACAAGCUGAUGGCGCGGAACAAGUACGGCACAGAUGAGAAGAGGGUGGAGGCUCACUUCAUUCCCCCUCCGCCAUAUGCCGAUGAGUCCACCGUACCUUACUAUGAAUGUGGCGAUGGGUUUCCUGAGUGCCAAGAUACUCCACCCCCACAAUCCGAGGACAAGGUGGCUGUAUAUGCUGUGGUUGGAGUGGCUGGUGUCGCACUGACAGGGUGCAUCCUCAUGCUGGUCAUUCUAAAGUACGGGAGGAACUCAAAGUUUGGCCUCAAAGGCUCCUCAUCCGUCAUCAGUAACGAUGAUGACUCCGCCAGUCCUCUCCACCACGUCUCCAACGGCAACAACACCCCGUCGUCCUCAGAGAUGGGCCCCGACGCCGUCAUCAUCGGAAUGACAAAGAUCCCAGUCAUCGAGAACCCGCAGUACUUCCGCAACACUGGCAGCAUUCUGAAGAUGGACACGUUUGUGCAACACAUCAAGCGCCACAACAUCGUCUUGAAGAGGGAGCUGGGAGAGGGUGCUUUUGGGAAGGUUUUUCUGGCAGAGUGCUACAGUUUGUCACCAGACCAGGACAAGAUACUGGUGGCUGUCAAGACACUGAAGGAGGCCAGCGAGAGUGGCCGGGCGGAUUUCUACCGCGAGGCCGAGCUGCUGACCAACCUGCAGCACGAGCACAUUGUCACCUUCUACGGCGUGUGUGUGGAGAGCGACCCCCUUAUCAUGGUAUUCGAGUACAUGAAACACGGCGACCUCAAUAAGUUCCUCAGGGCCCAUGGUCCGGACGCGGUGCUGAUGGCGGACGGUCAACAGAGCGUGAUGGUGGAGCUGACGCAGUCUCAGAUGUUGCACAUCGCGCAGCAGAUCGCUGCGGGCAUGGUCUACCUGGCCUCGCAGCACUUCGUCCACAGGGACCUGGCCACGCGCAACUGCCUGGUGGGGGAGAACUUGCUGGUCAAGAUCGGCGACUUCGGCAUGUCGCGGGACGUGUACAGUACUGACUACUACAGGGUGGGAGGCCACACCAUGCUGCCCAUCCGCUGGAUGCCCCCAGAAAGCAUCAUGUACCGAAGGUUCACCACCGAAAGCGACGUAUGGAGCCUGGGCGUAGUGCUCUGGGAGAUCUUCACCUACGGCAAGCAGCCCUGGUACCAGCUCUCCAACAAUGAGGUUAUCGAGUGCAUCACCCAGGGCAGGGUGCUCCAGCGACCUCGCACCUGUCCCAAGGAAGUGUACGACCUGAUGCUGGGCUGCUGGCAGCGUGAACCCUACAUGAGACUCAGCAUUAAAGAGAUCCACGGCCUCCUUCAGAGCCUGGCCAAAGCAUCGCCAGUCUACCUGGACAUCCUGGGCUAGCUAUCUGGCUCCGCAAGGGUCAAGCCUAGGCCCAGGGAGAGAGAACACAAGGAUGCUUUUCGUCUGUCAAUGAGAGGGUGAAGUUUGGAGAUGAGCGUUUGAGUUUGUGUGUGUGUGUGUGUGUGUGUGUGAGAGAGAGAGAGACAGAGAAAGAGAGAGAGAGAGAGAUAGAUGAUUGAGUUGUGUGCUUGUGUGCAUUUAUGCGUAUGCACAACACAUACACAGAGUGCAAAAAUGGGGAAAAAAUGUGUUUGUGUGUGAGUGUUUGUGUGUGUGUGUGUGUGUGUGUGUGUGUGGUUGUUCCUGCCUCUUCACCACAUAGACAAAGGCCUUAAAUUUGAUUGUGAUGAUUUUGUUUUUCUUUUGAUUUGAGUUUUUGCUUUCCGAGAGGUAUUCUGAUCUGCCCAGCGUUUAUUGUCCUCUUGUAGUCUCUGUGUGUGCAGGGGAGGAACAAAGGAAAAACUGACUUCUGUAAAUACUCUUCUUCUUUUUUCCGUCUUUAUGGACCACAUAACGAAGCUCACUUUUUUUUCCCUUCUCCUUCUAUCAAAAGGAAAGAAAACUUUAUGGAGCAACAUGCAAAAUGGGAAGCAAAAAAAAAAAAGAUGCAGAAAAUGACCCCAUUGCAACAAAACCCAGGCCUACUGCUUAUGUGUGUUCUAGGGUAAAAACAAACGUACUGUAGAUAUGAGUAACUGUGAAAAACAAAACGGGAUUUGUCCGGUUGUGGGAGGGAAGGGUUUGGGUGUUUUUUUUUAAUUAUUAUUAUUAUUAUUAUUAUUUUGUUUUGAUUUUACUGUUAAUUUUUAUCAUUUUAUUACUGAUCAGUAACCUGGAACAUCAGUGCCAAUGUUUUGUUGAGAUUUAUGUUUACAGUUUGUCUGUUUUUUUAUUUUUUUUCUUUAUUUUGUAUUUUUCGGGACUGAAACCUCGGGGACGGUGGCAGGCUGAGGCCGAAGCUGUGGAUGGCUUUCGCUCGCCUGAGGAGCCGUAGCCUCUCACGAGCACAACACUGCCAAACCCUCUGCCCCUCCGCCACCCCACUCAUGUGUCCAUGACUGCAAUACAACAUUCAGCGGGAACUGGCUUUUCCCCUGGUUAAAGAGGGACAAAAUGUUUCUUUUUUUUUCUGUUUUUGUUUUCCUUUGUUGUUGCCGUUAUCUGGACAGAUAUGGUCAUCAUCAGCAUUUUGUUUACACUUUUGACUAGAUUUUGGAAUUUUAUGGCCUGAUCGUCUGUUUUAGCAUAAGCAAAGCGAUUUUGAAUGUGGUGAUAAUGCACUAUAUACUUUACAGUGUGAACUGGGUACUAGAAGCACAGUGAAAACAAAGCAAACAAGUGAAAUAGAGCGGUCAGGUUUUGGGUUAAGGUUUGGGCCAUACUGCUAGCAAGAAGACAUUCACAUGGUGGAGUAUUGCUUUUGUUUAUUUGUUUGUUUGUUUGUUUGUUUGUAUUGUGGAGAGCGCAGUCACCAGCAGUGACACUAAGCAGGUCAAUAGGUCAAUUUGUGUCACGGCAGUCCACUGCUCUUCAAUGUGUUCAUUUUUUUAGCAAUGGAACUUUGGGGGGAAGUCUUCAAAGGCUACUAUUUUAUGGUUAUCGUUGUUAUCUUUGUGAGUAUUAUGAGUUGGCCUUUUCUAGAGGAAAUAUUGUAGCUGCAACCUUUUCAUGGUGAAGGUAUUAAGCAGAGCCACUGGUUGAGACAGUGUGGUGUGCUCCACGGUUUUGAUGACGUUGAUAUUUGAGAUCAUUUGAUGGAAUACCUUUCUCCAAUGGAUUGGCUGGCUUUAUUUGCACUUAAGUUUUUUCCUCAUGUCUUUGUUUUUGUGUGGUUCAUACAGAAUUAUGGUGAGAUGAAACAUGUCAGUGACAAAUUGUGACUUUCGUUGGUAGCAGUGAGUUCUUGUGAAGUGAUGGACAGGGUGGUGUGUGUUUAGCGCGGCAAGACAGAGCUAGGAAAUGGUCGAGUCUGAAACCCUCCCUGAGGUUGGGCAAAAUGUGCAAUGCCACUAUGAAGGGCAGGGAACUCUCAACUACCCAUAAUUCUUACCUCAUGGCAGGACAGGAAGUCUGGGUGUAAAAAGUUUUUUGUGUGAUAAUCAUAAGAUGUACAAGGAAGAUGCUGCGGAUGUGGGUGAGAGAGUGGGAGCACACACAACAAUAGAAAGACCAAAAUUACAUAUUCUUACUGGUUAUAGUCAUAAUUGACAAUAAAAUACUCAUUGACCCUCAUAGACUACCAUUACAGAGACCACUAACUGACUGAACUGAUCAAAAUUGGACCACUGACUCUUAAAACUAUCAAUGAUCUAAAGACCAUGAGCACUUACUGACCUUCUGUCUCACAGAACUGACUGAUGGACUAACUACCCUGAAAACCGACUAUAAGAAAUUUCGUUUUUGUAGGUGAGUGUAUCGCACAUUAACUUCUGAUUCUUUUAGUGACUUGAUGUUGACAACCACAUAACCACAAACUCCUCCCGCUGACUAUGUCGGAAUCAUGGCACAUACGUCCCACUCUCUGUUCCUCUACUCAAUGGGCUAGUUAUAGUGUUGACAGGUAGACCUGUGCCAUGUUACUACAGUGACAGUUGACACUGGUACUUAAAAAUCAUGUGAAGACUAAUCUUGGGCCUGUAAAAGGAUAGUUAGUGGUGAUGCUACAAGUGUGUGUCCGUACUGUAUAUAUGCAAUCAGGUUGUACAUACAUAUGGGCGAACAUCGGCCAUCUGUCAUUUUGUACCCUGAUGUCAACUUCUCAUUGGAGCGUCCCCUCUCGCACAUACACUCAUGCUGUCUUUACUAGCGAUGCGAGGACACCUCACUAGAAUGUACUUUUAGCAUUUAUGCUAACACUAUUGGGGUCCGUGGCUAAGCCAGGACCCAGAGUGUGGGUACUGGAGUGCAUUUUUGGGGUGCCACACGACAGCUGUUGCAUUCUGUCGUACCUGCUGCACAUGUGUACUAUAGAAUCUGAUUGGUCCGUACGAAAAUGCACACAAAGUCAUCCUAAAGACUAAAGACAUGAGAGAUAUUUCUUGAGUAUUGUCAAUUGUUGUUUUUUUUCCUCUGUUGCCACUGUUCUCAAACCAGUUCAAAGCCCUUGGUGGGGUAGACUACACUUAAAAAAAAAAUAAUAAUAAAAAGUUGAACAUUUUCCAAGAUGUAA